UGACGACACGCUGAUGAAGCCCCGGCGUCUGCACGUAUAAAAGCGGCCGUCCGGACGGCACACGCUCCAGUGGAAGCUGGACGGCCAUCACCAUGACAACCCAUCUGGAAUGAGAGCAGAGCACAUCUGGAGGGCAGAGGCUGGACGCUAGAUGCAAGGUGAGCGGUCCCACGCAGGCCGGCGAGGCCUCCCCCCCUGCGCCAGACAAGAGACAGGUGUUAUUCCAGGAUGAUGUGCCGUUAUGACUUUUAUUUCCUGUGUGAACUGAGCAGAUGUUGUAAACUACUGGGGGAAAAGGGUUUCGUCUUAAAACCCGGAUUUGGCUUGCAGCUGCUGAGGCUCUGAUCCAAGUUUAUACUUCAUAAUAAACUCGGCUGACGGCCGAAAAGUGAUCGGGACAUUUUUGGGCAUGUAGCGCCUUGCGCCAGAAAAGCCAUGAUUUACGUUAACCACCUCCAGUCCUGAUACAUUCAGCCAAAAAUAACCCAAUGUGGGGAAAGCGGUUUAUGAUACGACAAAACGAGGCGUCCAAACAACAACCUCGGCAGGCUAUAGUGAUGAUGAGUAAGGAGGCGUAAUGGACAUCCGAACAAGUCUACAAAUAGUGAGACCGAUGAUAUCUGCUCCCCAUUAGUCAGUUUGAUUUCCAGCAGAGAUGUACAACUGCAGUAACUACACAGAAGCCUGGCAGUGGCUCUCCUCCUUGGAGCCGGGCUACCUGGGUUUGGUCAGCAUCGUCGGCAUGGUGGGCAACGCCCUGGUCCUGUGUGUCCUCUGGCUGCAAAGGAAGCCAUGCACCGUGGCUGAUGUCUACCUGAGCAACAUGGCCACCGCCGACCUGGUCAUGAUGCUCUGCCUGCCCUUCUGGGCCGUCACCAUCUCCCGGGGCCACCUCUGGAGCUUCGGCGACACCCUGUGUAAGCUGGUGAACCUCGCUAUCUCCAUGAACUACUACUGCAGCGUGCUUUUCUUGAUGCUGGUCACCGUGGACCGGUACCUGGCCCUGGCCAAGCCUAUGAGCCCCAGUCGGCUGAGGAGGGCAGCCUGGGCCAAAAGGAUCUGCCUGGCAAUCUGGGUGCUGGGCGCGUUGCUCAGCCUCCCCGUGCUGCUGUUCCGGACGGUGCAGUACGUGGAGGUCGCAGGCGUGGAGGCCUGCAUCCUGGCCUACCCCAACCAAGCGUGGAUUGUCCAGCAUAACAUCACCAGCAUCGUGCUGGGUUUCCUGCUUCCGGUCCCAGUGGUGACCUACUGCACCUACCACAUCGUGGCAGCACUGAGAGAGGGGCGUGCCAACGGGUUCCACACGGUGAGGAGGAGCGAGAGGAAGGCCACGCACCUGAUCCUCGCCGUCCUGGCCAUCUUCCUCUUCUGCUGGACGCCAUCCCAGGUGAUGCGUUUCCUGGACACACUGGACUACUUCCAGGUUACACGCGGGUGCCUCUGGGGUCUCGUGCUGGACAUUGGGAUACAGCUGUCGACGUUCCUGGGGUACAGCAACAGCGCCGUCAACCCCUUCCUGUUCUUCAUCGUGGGGAAGCACUUCAGGAAAAGGGCGAAGGAAGUGUUCAGGAAAAUUGUGGCCUUCUUCACAAAGGACGCUUCUUUCCUGACCGUCAGUUUCACUUCAGUGAACAGACUAAACGACACGCAGCAUAUAUCCAGUGUCAAACUUGAAAGCUUGGCCAGAAGGUAAGCGAAGCGGUGAGGCGACGUCGCCGUCUUUACGUGGACGGUCAAAGGUCACACAGUGCUUCACCGUCUGUUCAGGCAAAGAUGCGCAAGCAGUUUUUGCACAGCAAAAAAGGAAAGCGACGGGACUGCCACUCCAACACCUUUUGAAACCACUCUGAAUAUAAAACCCUUCGAUUACUGUCUAAACCGAAGGUCAGAAAUAACAGAAUGUCAACCAGAAAACGAAGCAUGAAAUCUAAUAUUCACCUGAAGUUUAAAAGCUUAUCACUUUUUAUGCCUUCCGCAUAAGUAAAUACUGUUGAAUGAUUUGUGAAUUAUUGUGUUUGGCAGAAUGUGAUUUGUGAAUUCAUGCCGUUUGAUGUUUGGUGCACAUUAUAUUUAAUACAAUAUCAUAAUGUCAGUGUCUUUUACACCACCACUGCAACCCUGACUGGGACAAGCAGGAAGAAAAUGGAUGGAUGGAUGGAUGCAUGCAUGCAUGGGUGGGUGGAUGGAAGGAUGUAUGCAUGGAUGGAUGGAGGAUGCACGCAUGGAUAGAUGGACGGCUGGAUGGAUGGGCGGAUGCAUGUGUGGAUGGACGGAUGUGUGGAUGCAUGCAUGCAUGGGUGGGUGGGUGGAAGGAUGGAUGCAUGGAUGGAUGGAUAGAUGCAUGGGUGGAUGGAUGGAGGAUGCAUGGAUGGAUGGAUGGAUGGAUGGAUGGAUGGAUGGAUGGAUGGAUGGAUGGAUGGAU